AUGACUGAAGCGGAAAAAGACUGGAGAGAAACCAACUGGGAAAUCCCAGAAGGCGAAUUCGCAGUGUUUGGAAAGGUAUACACAGACCCUGAACAUACAGACAAAGUCGAAGCCAUCUACAGGGAGACGACAAAGCGAGCGCACGAGGAAGAAGGGACCCUCUCCUACUGCUUGGGCCGCGAUCCAGACGACCCAAGCAUCAUCCACUUCUUCGAGCGGUACACGUCCAAAGCGGCCUUUGAGAAGCACAACGACCAACAGAUCAUCCAAGACCUGGUCAACAGCGGGUGGAUGAAGGACGUCAAGGCGGUCUUUGUGAAGCCUAUACCGCCAGCAAAAUAG